GAUGUACACGGGUCAGAUCAUCAUGUUUGGGCUAGCACUGCUAUUCACCUCUGUAAUAGUCAUCAAGGCAAAAGUGAAGCCUGGAAUUUGCCCUUCUGAGAGAUAUUAUACUCCCUCUACGGAUAUUCCUCAUGCUUUAUGCACCAGGGACAGUCAAUGUGAUGGUGACAAAAAGUGCUGCUUAGAUAAUGACUAUAAAUUCUGCAAACCUCCAGCAAAAGAGAGAUCUGGAAAGUGUCCCCCAACUAAAGAAACUGAAAUAAAGAAUCGUCAGGACAUAUGCACUUCAGACAGUGAGUGUGCUGAUGGAUGCAAGUGCUGCUUUGGUUCAAAUGGAAAGACCUGUCUACCCUCUGAUAAAGGUAACAUUACUCCUUCCUAA